UCCACCACGUUAUAUGGGAGUUAUAGGGCCCUGGACGAGAGGAUCUGGAGUAUCACUGGCCUUCCGCUUACUUACGAUAUGUGGGAGUACUUUGUGUGCUGGCAUUCGGCUGAGAUCAGCUGCAACUUCACUCAUAAGUCUGUGGGCUCAGGUAUUCGGUAAUGUACUCUCUACCAUUGGAAUUUCAAGCUCUUAUUUAGUAUGUGUGAACACCUCUGGGAACCUCUAGCUGAAGUCCAUCUUGGCUUGAGUGGUCAUACGACAGAGGAAAACAUAUAUUGCUUGUGCAGUCGAGUGUUCAUACGUAAUGGUGAACCACUUAAUGGGGGUAUGUGUGAGAAGGCAGAUUGCAAUGAUGAAGAAUCCCAUGUAUAUUUAGAAUCGGAUCAUUUUGAAAGGUUGAACUACCAUGUACACAAUUCGGUCCCUGAGUCACAUUCUAUUAAACACAUCAGCAAGCAUGAUGAGGAAUCUGUUAGCUGUUAUUGCAGUGCUUCCCACACUGAUAACAAUUAUUCAACAGAUGAACAUGACAGUAUAAGAGAAGGACCAGGUUCAUCAGUUAUUGCUGUGAGAGGUGGUCUUCACUUGAGUGACAGUGGGGCUGACCUCUCGGAAUGUGGAGGAGAUGCCACACAUCAUGGUUGUCGACAUGUUCAUAGUGAUGUAAUUGAUCAUUCAGGUCUACAAGAUUCCUCACCCUCUUUGCAUAUUGGCCAUCAUGAUGUGUAUGAAGAACCUCAACCAAAAGAUGAGGAAUCCUACGAAGACACUGUACAGUCGAACUGGGAGAGAUUUUGGGCCAAUAAUGGUGAAAGGCUUAUUUGGCAAAGUUGGAUUGCUAAGUAUGGAGAAUACAUCAAUCCAGAUUAUUUGGACCGACAAGAAUCAGAAGUGGUAUCUCCAAAAUCAGGAGAUAACGGUGAAGGUACUGGAUUGGAAGGCAAUGCUAGUACCUCAAAUGUAAUUAGUUGCAUGAAGGAUGAUAAUGCAGUGUCUUGUGCUAAGGAUUGUGUGGAAGACAAUAUCAGUGAAGGUGACAAUCAGCCAGAAAGUUGUGUUGUAGAAAGACAUUUCAGUUGUGUGUCUGGGUGUGGUUCUGCUCAAGAUAGUGCUUCGGGUUCUGUAGGGAAAGCUGCGUGCUCAUCUCCAGAUGAUUGGCAGUCAUUGACACCAUUUUCUACGGACGAGUCGUCAAGUGAUGGAUCUGAGUACCAUGUGGCUGGAAGUCGUUGUGAUUCUAUGAACAGUAGCAUUGCAAAUAUGACCAUGACUACUGAUUCGAUGACCAACGUGACCAGAAUCACAGUCUCCUCUUUAGAUUUCAAUUGUGACACUGAAGACUCUGUCAGAAGUGGGUCUUUAUUGUCCUCUGAAGAAGGUUCAGGUUCAAGUGGAGAAGCAGUACUUUCAGAAGUAGAUUUGUAUUGGCAAGAACUUUGGAAACAACACUUCCAAGAACAAUACCAGUCACAGUACAUAGCUUUUACCUCGGCACAGUUUUUGGAAGCAGAAAGUGGUGACAAAGCUUCUGUUCACAAGACAGAACACGAAGAUGCAUUUCCAUUGCAAUGUGAGUCAAGGGACUGUGCAGAGACCAACCGUUUAGAGAGCAUAGGACUUCUGCAUCCAGUAGAGAGUGCAUGGACAGUUAGGAAAAUUUCUCAGGAAAAGGAGGAGAGAAUAGAGGACAUUUCUGCCAGAGAAACCAGACAGUCUUUAACAAUGGCGGGGCACUGUUGUGAGGAAGUGGAACGUCAUUCAGAAGAGAACCGCUGUAGUAAUUUGCACACCACAGCCAAUGCCCAGCGAUUACGCAAGUCACGUGCACUUGCGGUAGGACGUAGCCGUUUACGUCAACGUCGCAAAGACAGGCGAUUAAUGGAUUCGGUAGGUUACCUCCUACAGAACAUGAGCGUUUUCGAUAAUGCUGCAGAACCUUCAGAUCCAGUUGAGGAGAAAGAUGACCACAGUGGAAGUGAAGACAAAAGUCACCCAGCAGCUGACAGUAGUCAACAACCACAAUCUCAUGCAUCACAGCAUCCUUCAACUCCAACAGGGACUUGCUCAAAUGUUCCAAGUAGUGGACUUGGAAACGAUGAUGGAGAUGAUGAUGAGCCUCCUGAAGAGAAACCAAUCACACUUAAGAGAAGCCAUGAAAGUGAUUCUGAUGAGUCUAGCCUGGAUCGCGUUAAGGGAGCUUUCUCCUUAAUGGGCUAUGCAUUUUCUCCUUCUUCCCAUAAUCGGCAUGCAAGUGCUCCUCGUUUCCACCAGGGCUCUGUGUUUUACCGCAAGAAAAACAUACGUCUGCAAAACAGACAUCUCAGGAUGAAUAUGUACAAAGGUGCUGGUGAAAACAUGUCUACCAGAAAUGCAGCAUUAGAUAAGAAAGAUGGAAAGUCAGAGUUCCCCAUUUGGGAUGAUCUGAUCUUGCUACAGGUGAAGCAAUUCCUUGAAGUAUCAGGCAGCAAUUCCGGUCCAAUGGGUGGCCACUCCAGUUCUGAUGAGGAUGAAGAAGGUGCUGUGUCCCCUGGUAGACGUCCUGUAGCUCUGUCCGAUUGUCAGACACGCUCUCCCCGAGCUUCUGCAAUAUCUGGAGGAGAAAUGGAGAACAUGCCAUGUGGCGAGGAGGCAUUAAGUGACAGUGAAGGGCGCACAAAUGACACACGAAAAGCCCAACAAAAGAAGAAGCGCAAGAAAAAUAAGCGAAUGUCAAAGAUGCCAGAGGAAAUAGCUGCUAACCCAGGGCUAGUAAAGUAUUGGUUGCGCCGCUACCAGUUGUUUUCUCGCUUUGAUGAGGGUGUACGUCUGGACUAUGAGAGUUGGUUCUCAGUGACACCUGAGAAAGUAGCUGAACAUAUUGCCGAGCGCUGUCAGUGUGAUGUCAUAGUUGAUGCUUUUUGUGGUUCAGGGGGAAAUACAAUUCAAUUUGCCUUCACAUGUGAAAGAGUGAUUGCUAUUGACAUUGAUCCAGCUAAAGUAGCGCUAGCACAACAUAAUGCAAGAAUCUAUGGAGUGGCAGAUCGUAUUGAAUUUGUAGUGGGGGAUUUCCUACAGUUGGCGCCAUAUCUACGUGCAGAUGUAGUUUUCUUAAGCCCACCAUGGGGUGGGCCCCGCUAUCUGGCAGUUGAAGCGUACAAUAUUGAUUCCCUGUUGGAGCCAAUUGGUGGUACUCGUUUGUUCCGUGAAUCCCAGAGGAUCUCAGAAAAUAUUGCACUUUAUGUGCCACGUAAUGUUAACACAGAUCAGUUGGUGAUGCUGGCUGGUCCUGGAGGGCAGGUGGAGAUUGAACAGAACUUCCUCGACAAGAAGCUAGUGGCUGUCACGGCAUAUUUUGGAGAACUAAUCCACGAAUGAGUGUGCACAAUAGCUGCGUCAACUACUUGGAUCUCCUGCCUUCCAACAGCAGUCUUGUUCACAAACCUCUGCUCCUGGGCUGCCAAAAAAGGCUUUUUAGUUUGGUGUUUUCAUACUGCAUAUUGAGGAUGGGGUUUGUUUUUUUAUACUGAGUUUUCUAUUUGGAUGUAAGGACCGAUGCACAUGCCAAGGGCCCUGUGACCUGAGCAUGCCGUUGACUGACAGUAUCAGUGCUGGCCACUGAUCUGACAGAGGUACGAUGCCUGCAGCAGGCCACGGGGGACUACUUUUUCUCCUCCCCAUGUUCCAUUUUAAUAUGAUUUGAAGUGAACUGCAUUUAGCUUUGUGACGAUUCUAAUAAAGGAGACUGAUGAGAGUCCA